ACAAAAUAUUGUCGACUGGCCAGGAACUAAAGUCCUCUGUCAAAGAUUUUUCACGUGAGUUUCGCUGGGUCUCACAACAGGCCUGUCUGGAAUGUUUAAGAUACAUUUGCACGCCAAGAAAACAUGGGAACUGAUAUCAUGACAGCAACUGUUACACAUUACAGUUUCUGAGCAGCUCACUACAGUGCAGAGAAAUUAAUCAUUCACUGAAGCAACUGGUCCAUGUAUUUCUAAGCUUCACAUGGGGAAUAGGAGGAGGGUCUGGAUGUUCCUCUUCUAGAGAAGCAGAGUAAAAGUUAGGCAGCAAGAAUACAGUUUGCUCUGGUUAAAACUUAGGCUGUCAUGGAGUGGCUGGCUUCAGCUUUUGAGAGGGACCUGGGAGUUGACCAGCGGCAGAUUGGACCCGGGCCCCAACCCCAUGAGUUGGUGGCCCUUGUUCCGACCCGCUGGGUGAUGGGACUGAGAGAAAGACGAGUCACGCGCUGCGCUCGUUAUGAAUGUGUGGGUGAUGGAGAUAUCCGCACUCUUCUCCAGCGCUCUCAGGUGAAGCUCCCGCCUGGCUGGACUCGUGUUUGCAUACAAGGCCUAAGAAAAAGCAAGUUGGGAUACAAGCUUGCUAAGGAGCCAGGCUGCCAGUGGGAGGGGCUUUCCCAAGAGUCUUUCAUGCGACAGAUGCAAGAGGUGUCACAGUGCAACAUCAGAAAUCUGUGGCGGGAGGCAUACAUGAACUAUGUGCAACCAUAUGCAGGAUAUACAGAGCAAACACAGGUGCUGGCUAUUGAUGCAGUUCGCCAAGCUUUGCUGAAACUGUUUGGCUGUUCUUUUCUCUCCACUGACCGAGUGUCACCAUCCCUCUCUCCAGCCAGAGAGAAAGAGAAGGAGUGUCCUUUAUCAUCCAGCUCUACAGUUCCUAAGCAAAAUACUGACACUUUGUGUCCAAAUGUGCUCCAAGCUGAAUGCUUGCUUGAGUCUGCGGAGGUGUUGUACAUCAUUUUUCCAUAUACACAGUACUCCCUUCAUGACAUUGUGACCUACAGCCCAGCCAAGCUCGCCAACAGCAAUGCUAAAGUGCUGUUUAUUUUGUACCAAGUGCUCAUAGCGAUGCGUGAAUGUCAUGCAUCAGGACUGUCAUGCGGAGAGCUCUCCUUACAGGACAUAGCUGUUGACGAGCAGCUCUGCAGUCGCCUCAAGAUCUCUCUAGCACAUUAUGAAGAAUUAGGAGAGGACAGGGCCAUGCUUGAGUAUGUGGCAGGAAGACAGGUGCCAAGAAAUAUAAAAGGAAAAGGCACAGUGAGUGUAAGAAGCGACAUCAGUGGACAGCACUGCCAAGACUGCCUUGAUGAGCUCAAAUCUUUGGUUCUAGACUGGGUUCAUGGUAGAGUCAGCAACUUCUCCUAUUUGAUGGAACUGAACCGGCUGGCUGGAAGGCGUGAAGGUGACCCCAACUAUCACCCAGUUUUACCCUGGGUGGUAGACUUCACUGUGCCAUACGGAAGAUUUCGUGAUCUCAGGAGGUCAAAAUUUCGUCUAAAUAAAGGUGACAAACAACUGGAUUUCACCUAUGAAAUGACCAAAGAAGCCCUUGCAGCAGCAGUAGCUAACGGAGGUGGUGGAAGUGUUUUUCAUACUGAUUUUGCAUCAGUAGGUCCUAGUGGUUCAGGACAGUCAGAUCAUCUCCAUGUACCCCAUCAUAUCUCAGAUGUUCUAUCAGAUAUCACCUACUAUGUCUACAAAGCUAGGCGAACUCCCAAAUCUGUACUUUGUAGCCAUGUUCGUUCUCAGUGGGAGCCCAAUGAAUACCCAGCUAGCAUGGAACGUAUUCAGAGUUGGACUCCAGAUGAAUGCAUACCGGAAUUCUACACAGAUCCUUCCAUAUUCCGUUCUAUUCAUCCAGAUAUGCCAGACCUCGAUGUACCCCCGUGGUGCAACUCCUAUGAGGAAUUUAUUGCAGUGCACAGGCGCCUCUUGGAGAGCCGUGAAGUAUCUCAGCAGCUACACCAUUGGAUUGACCUGACGUUUGGCUACAAGCUCUCGGGCAAAGAAGCUGUAAAAGCUAAGAAUGUAUGCUUACAUUUAGUGGAUAACCACACCCAUCUGACUAGCUAUGGAGUUGUUCAGUUGUUUGACCAGCCUCACCCACCCCGUCUUGCACCUUACCAGUAUUCACCAGCAGAACCUCCCCACUUUGGUCCUGUCAGUGUGUCAGCUUGGCAAAUCCCACCCCUCGAGGCAACAGUGGAUGGUGUCGAUGGAAUGGUCCCAGAGGCAACAGGAUGUGAAUCUAGUGGUUGGACGAUGGUUGAUAGGGAUGAAGAUCUUGAGCAAGGAACAGAGGCACUAGAUUCUUUAAGUGCUUCAGUCCCUGGCACCUCUGCUAUACCGGUGCCUGCUGGGAGUACUACUGGAGGAAAGAUGACUGGAGAGCACACAGCUUUGGCAGUGUCUCCUUCUCAUAGUUCCUUUCCAGGGGAAACAUCAAGCAAUGCCACAAAUGCUGUGGGAUCUACCAUCAGGAGUACCAUUCUUCAGAGAGGAACUGCCACAAUGAAGAAACAGGAAGGUCUCACUGCUACUAAUGCAGAUGAUUUCAAAAUAACCUUGCCUGAAGGAUUCAAACCUUUACAGCCUUUAGAAGAGUUAGAGAAGCUCAGUAUCUUUCUGGUUAAAGGGUUGCAUUCACAAGUCCAGAAUGCAUUGAAUGUGGACAGAAUAGAGUCAAGCACUGUAUCAAAAGCUCCCCUGUAUUUUACAGACCUCUUUCACAGAGACAUGCAAGCCCUAGGUGUCUUCAUUGCAGAAAUAUUUUGUACUUCAAAACUGCGCGGUGUAAAGCCAGGCACACUGCUGACUGGACGUUACCAGGCAGUAAUGAAGCUUUGCUCUGCUAGUCUUCGAGAUGUCCCACUCCCACUUCAUCAUGCACUUGAGAGCCUUCUGCAAAUUCGCCAGCACUCAUCUGAGACUUUGUUGAAUUUGCACUCUACAGGCCCACCAUUUCUUUUCAAGUAUGACCCAAUAUAUGAGGGUCUUCCACCUCCGAACCCUUGGCAGCUGCUUAGUCCAGUGCUCUCUCCGUUACCUUUUCCAGAAUAUUUUCCAGCACUGCAUCACUUCAUUUUCUCUUACCAUUCCAAGAUGGAGUCCAUCAACAGCAUUCAGGGCCGGGACAUUGUGUUCAACUUGUGGCAGCAGCUGCAGACUCUUCUACAAGGUGAUAUCACUGCAGAGGGACUGGAGAUCCUCUUACCCUUUGUGCUUGCUUUAAUGACUGAGGAAUCUACAGCUGUGUAUGCUGCCUGGUACUUAUUCGAACCAGUCUCCAGGGUCCUUGGGCCCCGCAAUGCCUCAAAGUACUUAAUAAAGCCACUGAUAAGUGUUUAUGAGAACCCCCGCUGCCUUCGUGGUCGAUUCUACCUCUACACCGACUGUUUUGUGCUACAGCUUAUCGUGCGCAUUGGCUUACAGGCUUUCCUCUCCAACCUCCUACCUCAUGUCCUGCAGGUUAUCACUGGAUUUGAAAGCUGCACCACAGGUGGUGGGAAUGAAUGGGAUGGACUAAAAGUCUUAAGGGGUGCUGUGGGUGGCUUGGGUGAAGAAGAGGAAGACUAUGAGUGUGAAGAUGGGAGGCCAUCAUCAGCUGCUUCAGCUGGCAAAGUGGGAGGAGGCAGUGGAGGUGGUGGAGGAGUGGGUGGUGUUGGAGACCCAGGUCUUGUAGACUACUCUUCAGGGAUCAGUCUUAAUGACCAGGUCUUUCUUGCUGAGGGUGAGGACUUCCAGAAUGGCUUUUAUGUCAAUAAUGGCUCGUCCGUACCAGCAGCUGGAGGUUCUACUAAACAGCAAAGCCAGAACUCCGCAAACAAAGACCAAGACCAAGAAUCUCUCAGUGUGGGGAAACUAAGCGACAAGAGUAGUGCAAGUGAGGUGUCUAUUGGAGAUGGAGACUCCACCAAGGAUCGUGCAAGUUUAAAGUCUGCUGACAGUAGUCAGGACCUAAAGCAGCCCAGUGAUGGAGAAGAUGGCGGAGAAUUGGAGGAUGAAGAUGAGACAGUGGAGGACAAAGAGGGCACAGUACAGAAGGUUCCCAGUCUUGAACUGACACUGUCUGGCUGCACAGAGGAUUCUGAAGUUACAGUGGGUACUCAAGAGGGUGAUUUCAUGAAUGGGAUUAUACAAGCAGAAGCGGAGAAAAGCAUAGUGGAGGAGGAAGAGGAGCAUGACCCAUUGGAGGAUUCAGAGGAGAAAGAACACAAGAUAUUAUUGGAUACUGUUUGUAAGACUGUAAGGUGGCUGGUUGCUAAAUUGGGGCCCACAGUAACCUCUCGAUAUGUAGCACGAAAUCUGCUGCGUCUGCUUACUUCUUGCUAUAUAGGGCCUGAAAAACACCAGUUUGUGCCAUCUACAAAUGAGGAGAGUAGUCUUGACAGCGUAGGAAGCGUGUAUGAGAAGAAACCAGUUGUCGGUGACCAGACAGCGAAGCCAGUUCUUGAUUGUCUCAUUUACAUAGCCCAUUUAUAUGGUGAACCUGUUCUGACCUAUCAGUACCUGCCUUACAUUGGCUACCUGGUCUCUCCCCCGUCCUCCUGCCGCCUGAACACUCGUAAGGAGGCAGGCCUUCUUGGUGCAGUAGUGCUGACUCAGAAGAUCAUAGUAUUCCUGUCAGACACAACUCUAAUGGACAUGUUGAUGAAGAUAAAUCAGGAUGUGCUACUGCCCCUGCUUGAACUGCUCACCUCUCCUAAAAUGGGCUUUCCCAGUGGAGUGCAAACUCGUUCUGCGCUUUGUCUGAAGACACUGAGCCUCAUGGCACUGAUCUGUCUGCGCAUAGGGAGGGAGAUGGUGCAGCAGCACAUGGCAGACACCCUCUGCCAGUUCUUCCAGGUUUUCUCCUUGCUGCACAGUCUGCAGAACCAGAUGGAGAAUGCUCCACGAAGAGAGGUUGGAGAGUACACAUACCUUGAUGUGUGCACUCCAGAAGGAUCAGAGGUCACAUGUGAACUUGGGGUUCUGGAGGAACUACAGGCCGUGUUCAACCCUGAGAUGGCGUAUGCAUCCUACAUCCCUUUCUACUGUCUCAUUGGUGACACUGCUAUUCGGAGACUAGUUCCAAACCAUGAAUUAGUUUGGGGUCUGGCUCAGUCCUACCAUGUCAGGGCAAGUCCAGGAAGCCCAGAGUCCAACCUAGCUAGUGGUCAAAGAGCAGAGCUUUCUGCUUCUUCCAUGGGCCUGUCUCCAAGCAUGAGCCACCAGAUGGGCCGCAGCCCCUUCCCUGCCCCCUCCUCUACCUCCACUCCUCUCGGAGGAGACGCUCUGCCUGAGUCUGGAACCUUUGGCAGCCACUUAGUGGGAAACCGGAUCCAAGUAGCACGGGACACUGAGCCAGGGGGGAGCCCAAAUCUGUCCUCUCUGGAUACCUGGGGACGACCUCAUAUCAGCUACCCUCCACAAGCUACCACCACAACAGCAGGCCCCAUUUUCUCUCUCUCUUCGUCCUCUUGGGUGUUGGGCCACACCCCAGAGGACAGUGCACUGAAGCAGGAGCUUCCACGCACUAGCCGCUCUCUGCAGGGGAACUGGCUCGCUUACUGGCAAUAUGAGAUCGGCCUCAACCAGCAGGACUCGCACUUCCAUUUCCACCAGAUCCGCCUGCAGAGUUUCAUUGGUCACUCAGGCACAGCUAAGUGUCUGGCACCACUAGCAGGCGAGGACUACUUUCUGUCUGGGAGCAAAGACAAAACAGUUAAACUGUGGCCACUGUAUAAUCAUGGGGAUGGUACUCGAGACGUGGAGCCCCGGCUGACAUAUUCAGACCACCGUAAAUCUGUGUUUUCGGUUGCACAGCUGGAGGCCUUACAGAAUGUGGUGAGCUGUGAUGGCACUGUGCACCUCUGGGACCAGUUUACUGGCAAGCAGAUUCGUUCUUAUGAAGCACUGGAUGGGAAGAAUCCCAUCACUGCUGUCACCGCCAUGCCAGCCCCUCACUGCAGUGUAGUGUUUGCCAGCGCUGACUCUGUCCUUCGCUUUAUAGACCCACGCAAGCCUGGCUUACAGCAUGAAUUCCGCCUGGCCUAUAACAACAUGAGUGCAGGUCUGAUUCGCUGCCUGGCCGUAAGUCCUGGGGGACGAACAGUGGCAGCCGGCUUCUCCUCUGGCUUCAUAGUCCUGCUGGAUGCACGGACUGGACUUAUUCUGCGAGGCUGGCCUGCUCAUGAGGGUGAUAUACUGCAAAUGAAGGCAGCAGAAGGGAAUUUGCUGAUUAGUUCGUCCACUGAUCACACUUUGAUGGUGUGGAAAGAUCUGGAGCACAAGCCUCUUCACCAGUACAGAACUCCUUCCGACCCCAUCCAUGCCUUUGACCUCUGUGGUGCUGAGAUUGUGGCAGGCACUGUAGCCAACAAGAUUGGGGUGUACUCUAUGUUGGACAUUUCUGCCAGCCCAGUGAGCAGCACCAAGCUCAGCUCGGAGAACUUCCGGGGGACGCUCACCAGCCUGGCUGUGCUGCCCACCAAGAGGCUCCUUCUACUGGGCUCUGAGAAUGGUGCCAUCAGGCUACUGGCUUAAGAAAAUGAUCAAUACCAGCACAAACAGUUCUGAUACUGAGUGUCUCUUACAGAUAUGUUUGUUCUCUGUGCCACUUCUGGCUCCUCUUCCUCCUCCUCCUCUUCCUCAAAAUGAAACAAACUUUGCCUCUGAUCAAGGCAAGUUUGUAUGUCCUUUCCAGUUGUCUGGGGGAAGCUGGUGUGACUCCAAGUCAUUUAUGGAGGACUUAGUGCCUCAAUCUUUAGUAAACUUUAACAACAUAUUGCAAAUAAUUCACACUCAAUCAGAAAUUAGAAUUAAAUGAUCAGCCUCACAGAACAGUUUAUAAUUUUUACAGUUUUUACGAUUUAUGUAUGGAACUCAUGACUGCACUAGCUGAUGUUUAUGUAUAGAAAAAUCAAGGAUGUAAAUUCUUAUCCUGGACAAAUGAUUGGUUUCUUUAGGUGAGUGGAUAAGAAGAACUGCUCAGGAAUGUUGAGCCAAGCAUGGUUCUGGUGAAGUGUUUACACUUUGGAAAGUAGAUGUACAAAAUCACCAAAAAAAAAAACACUGUGAGGAUCACAGAUCAGACCUUGUCAAUGCUAUCAUGUCACCAUACAAGAUGCACUCAACUACUAUGCAGUAUUCAUGGAUGUUCAUUUUAGUAUUAUACGUUUUCCAUAAGCCCUUAAUUUUUUUAUCGUACAUUGUCAAAACUCUAUAAGUCAUGAGUAACUCUACUCAUGAUCAUGUAAGUGGACCUUAAUGAUAUGAAAUGUUGUGUAUGUUUGGUUCCAGGAUGACUUGAUAGUCUCUCACUGCACAUUGGUUAAAGGUGUUACUACCGAACGUGAGCACCGUGUUAAAUUGCCCAGUCAAAGAUUGUCCAUGAGCAGGGUUUAAACAAUAGGUCAAUUGUCCCAACGCUGAUGGGAUUUACAUUUUAUUGCAACAGUGAAUUGAUGCAUUAUGUUAAAUUGUUUCCAAAAAUAUUCUACCCUUGUAAUUAUAAUAAUUUAACCUCUUAUGUAUAAAUGUAGUAAUACUUUUAUAUUUGUGAUAUAUCCUUAUAUAACCUAAAAUCUAACCAAUUUAAAUUGUUCUAAAUUAUUGGAAUGCCAUCUAUAUACACAUUGGACUUUCCUUUCAAACAGUAAUUUCAUUUACAUGUAACCCUCCAAGUUUGUACCAUUUGAUACAUAUAGAUUGUUUAACAGCUUCACCAAGACUGAAUAAAUAUUACGAAGUACAAGACCAGUAAAACAACCCAUGGGUUGUGAUCAGAUAAGAAAAGAGAAGAAAGAAACUCUCCUGGAGUUGUCUUUGAUUAAUGUUUCAGCCAUAAUUGUGCUUUGGAACUGAAACAAAGAUUAGUUUCUAAUUUUAGAUCCAUGACUUCUGUAAACAGAAACUACAUUUAUUUGAUCAAUAUAUUUUGCUUACGUGACUGCAAGUUGGCCUACCAAGAAGCCUACAAGGCCAGAGAUAAGUUUAGACAAGUAGAAAUAAGCUAAUUCUGCCACCUCUCCUCCUGAACGGUUUAAUUCACUUUGUGCGCAUUACCAUGUAUUUUACUAUGUUCGUUCUAAAUCUACAAACAUAUGUCUGAAAUAGCAACUGCACUGAAUUGUUUAGCUCAGUCACUGUCAUUGCUCUCUUGCAAUUUAUUUCAGCUUUUUUUUUUCUUUUUUUACUUUCAAACUUUGUGAUUUUUUCCCCCUUUAUGCUCAAAUUGUCAACGUGGACAUUUUCAGUGAUUUGAAGUAAAACAAACUGAUCAGAAA